AUGGUCGUGAAGACCUAUGAUACCUUUCCCUCCGACCCUCGCGAUGAACCGCCGCCAAGCGGACCUCCAACCUUGACCGUCGACGACAAGACUCUAGGCUAUCGCCAGCUCUUCACCGUCAAAGACAGCUCCAAAGUCAAAGUGUCCUACCAUCACAACCCCGCCGCCGAUGAACACCAUUUCGGAGCCACACAUCCCAUGAAACCAUGGCGUCUGACCCUCACGAAUCAGCUCGUAUUAGGCUAUGGCAUGCACCAUCUCAUGGACGUCUAUGUUCCCCGCCGAGCCUCCGAGGAUGAACUCGCCGACUUUCACAGUACCGACUACCUCGAAUUCCUUCGCCGUGUGACUCCUCAUAACACCGAUACUUUCUCUAGCGAUAUGAUCACAAAGUACAAUAUUGGCGAUGACUGUCCCAUCUUCGACGGAAUGUAUGACUUCGGCUCACUCUACGCUGGCGCUAGUCUUGACGGUGCCAGGAAACUCAUCAACCAUCAAUCGGACAUUGCUAUCAACUGGUCUGGCGGACUCCACCAUGCCAAGAAGUCAGAGGCUUCGGGGUUCUGCUACAUCAACGAUAUUGUCCUCGCCAUCCUCCAACUCCUCCGUCACCACCCUCGUGUCUUAUACAUCGACAUAGACGUCCACCACGGUGAUGGCGUAGAACAGGCAUUCUGGUCCACAGAUCGAGUCAUGACUCUCUCCUUCCAUAAGUAUGAUCCUAAGGAGUUCUUCCCUGGUACAGGAGGUUUCGAUGAUAUCGGCGCUGGAAACGGAAAGCACUAUGCCUUAAACGUGCCCCUCAAAGACGGAAUAGACGAUAAUAGCUAUAUUCUCCUUUUCAAAUCUAUCUCAGAAGCCGUUCUUCUCUCCUACCGCCCAUCAGCUAUCGUCCUUCAGUGUGGUGCCGACUCCCUGGGGUGUGACCGUCUAGGCUGUUUCAACCUAAACAUCAAAGCCCACGGCGCCUGCGUAGACUUCAUAAAAUCGUUUAAUUUACCUUUAUUAGUACUAGGCGGCGGAGGAUACACUCCUAGGAAUGUAUCCCGUCUGUGGGCUUACGAAACGGGGUUGUGUCUAAACCUUGAACUCGAUAAUAAAUUACCAGCCUCGCAGUAUGCAGACUGGUGGAAACCGGAUUAUACACUCCAUCCUGAUCUUGCAACCACUAAGCACGAGAACAAGAACACGAGAAAACACCUGGAGUUAGCGAGACAGAAGGUUUUGGAGCAACUAAGAUAUUUGAAGGGAGCACCAAGCGUACAGAUGCAAGAGAUCCCGCCGGAUAUUGGGGGGGUUAGUAUGGAUGUUGAAGAUAGAAUUAAGGAGGAGAAGGCAGAAUUGGAGUCGGAGAGGAAGAAGGCAGAAAAGGGUGGGUUGAAGGGUGGGGAAUUAUUCACCUAA